GCGACCGAGCGGGGCCCGGCCCGAGAAGGGCCUGGGGGUGCGACGCCGAGGGCGGGGGAGUGCGCGCCGCAGCUCCGGACCGGGCCGCGCGCGCCGCCUCAGCGUGUCCUGGAAACAGCUUCAUCUGGCCAUGGAGAUGUGCCCGCCCUCCUGCACAGCUGCGUGGUAUCCACUGGGGGCUGCAGCACAGUUGACCCAGCCUCUCCCCUGAACCAUCGCCAUUGCUGGAGCCUGUCAGAAACCCUAACAGAAGCCAGUUAUUGGACCAUCUCCCUGCAGCCUCGCUCCCCACUGCGUACUAGGAACCUUGCAGUGUGGCCGUCUCUCCGCUGCAGCCAUGGGGUCCGAGGAUCACGGGGCCCAGAACCCGAGUUGUAAAAUCAUGACGUUUCGCCCAACCAUGGAGGAGUUUAAGGACUUCAACAGAUACGUGGCCUACAUCGAGUCCCAGGGGGCCCACCGGGCGGGCCUGGCCAAGAUCAUCCCCCCGAAGGAGUGGAAGCCGCGGCAGACGUAUGAUGACAUUGACGACGUGGUCAUCCCGGCGCCCAUCCAGCAGGUGGUGACGGGCCAGUCGGGCCUCUUCACGCAGUAUAACAUCCAGAAGAAGGCCAUGACGGUUGGGGAGUACCGGCGCCUGGCCAACAGUGAGAAGUACUGCACCCCCCGGCACCAGGACUUCGAUGACCUGGAGCGCAAGUACUGGAAGAACCUCACCUUCGUGUCGCCCAUCUACGGGGCUGACAUCAGCGGCUCCUUGUACGAUGACGUAAGGUCAGAUGACCUGCAAGGCCAGGCCUUCUCCCAGCGAGCACGCAGCCCCUGGGAGCAGGGCUGCACCUGCUUGGAGGACGCGGCCCCAGAGGCCCUGUCACACGCGCUGCAGCCCAGGUCCCUAACCGUCGACUCCCGCCGGCACCCACACCCGGCGCACCUCGCCCAUCUCCCGGCUCUGCACCUCCGAAUGCCAGGAUUGGUCACCUUGUUCGUGGCAGGUUUUGUGGCUACACAGGUGUGUUUUAGCACCGUGGGCCAGCUCGCCCUUGGGCCAGUGCAGAAGUUCGUGGGUCGGGUUGACGGGGGCCUG